GGUCCUCGUGACCAGCCAAGAUGGCUGCCCCCGCAGUGAAGGUUGCCCGAGGAUGGUCGGGCCUGGCGUUGGGCGUGCGGCGGGCUGUCUUGCAGCUUCCAGGGUUAACUCAGGUGAGGUGGAGCCGCUAUAGUCCUGAAUUCAAGGAUCCCUUGAUUGACAAGGAAUAUUAUCGUAAGCCUGUGGAGGAGCUAACUGAGGAGGAGAAGUAUGAUCGGGAGCUCAAGAAGACUCAGCUCAUCAAAGCUGCUCCAGCAGGGAAAACAAGUUCUGUGUUUGAAGACCCAGUCAUCAGUAAAUUCACCAACAUGAUGAUGAAAGGAGGAAACAAAGUACUGGCCAGAUCCCUCGUGACUCAGACUCUGGAAGCUGUGAAAAGGAAGCAGUUUGAGAAGUACCAUUCCGCUUCUGCAGAGGAACAGGCAACCAUCGAACGCAACCCCUACACCAUCUUCCACCAAGCACUGAAAAACUGUGAGCCUGUGAUUGGGCUGGUACCCAUCCUCAAGGGAGGCCGUUUCUACCAGGUCCCUGUACCCCUACCCGACCAGCGCCGCCGCUUCCUAGCCAUGAAGUGGAUGAUCACGGAGUGCCGGGAGAACAAGCACCGGCGGACACUGAUGCCGGAGAAGCUGUCACACGAGCUGCUGGAGGCUUUCCAUAACCGGGGCCCUGUGAUCAAGAGGAAGCAUGAAAUGCACAAGAUGGCAGAGGCCAACCGUGCCCUGGCCCACUACCGCUGGUGGUAGAGUCUCCAGGAGGAGCCCAGGGCCCUCUGCCGCAGCAAACAGUGUGAGCCACUGCCAGGCUGAAAGCUCCCUGUGGGUUAGGGAUGUGGUUCCUUUGUAAGGGUGGGCAGGCCUCAUGAGAAAGAGGGAGCAGCAUGUUCACUAUCCACGAAUCCUUCUUUCUUUGAGGCUAGAACUUGCUCUCUCUGCCCCCAUUUCCUUAUAAAGAGGGAGCACAUUGACUUGGGAAUUUCCUCCAGGAAACUCAGGGCCGUCUUCUCUUCCCUUAGCUUGGGGUGGACCGUUGGAUAUAAAAGGAAGCAGUUUUAGUAUUAGAAAAGAUUUAUUAGAAACUUCUCACGCUGAACUGGUGUAGCAUGUGGUGCAGCAUUCAUUGAAACUGGCUGGAGGAAAUAGGCUUGCUUCCAGAGUUGUCCUUGUACAAAAUGUAUAAAAAGCAGUUUCUGGUAUGACUUGUGCUCUGCCUCCGCCCGUUGACAUCCCAAAGCAUCCCAAUGGCUAUGCUUACCCAUUUUACAGAUGGGUAAACUGAGGCACCAAGGUAGUAGUUGCACUAAUGGUUACACAGUGCAGUGGCUCUUAGGAGUUGCUCUUCUCUGCCUGGCCCUGGUGGGAAGGUGGUGGGGAAAGGGGCUCAGGGCAGGACCAUGGCAUAAGUGGGAAACAUCUCACCAGGAGAUGGGAAAGUCUAGAAGGGAAGACACUCAAAGUCUGGAAGGGAAAAGUCUUUGGGUGAGGCAGAGACUCCACUGCCAGUUUCAGAGGUGUGUAGAAGAAAGGCCAGUGCUGGCAAGGAAGCCCUGAUCUGGAGGCCUAGUCAGAGACUUCGCUGUAAUAAUACUUGUGAGCAGCUGGCGUCGUCUUCCAGCCGGCCGCCCGGAACUCAAUGAUCUCCAGCAGCAACAGCUGGGCCAGGGAGCUGAGGCCAGUUGGGAGCAGGAAGCCAUCCCGGAUCAGCACAAAGAGCUCAUCCAUGCGCUGCCCAUUCAUUUUCUCCAGCUGCUCCCCGACCCGGUGCAGCUGUAGCACCAAACAGUCCACCUCCUCCUCCUUGCUCAAACUGUCUGGCUGGGCCAGCCGGAAGAGGCAGUCAUAGACAGGGUUCACCAGGGCCAUCAUGGGCAUGUUGUUCACCCUCAGGUAGUCAAAGAUGUUGCAGAUAAAGGUGACAUAGCAGACCCAGCCCUGCAGGGAGCGUGCUCGCAGCUGCUCCCGAGCCUGGUACUCCUGCUGCAGCCGGUUGAGGAGUCCACGCCGGAAGACACUCUGGCCUGCUUGUUUACUCUCUGCCUGAAUGAUGGCGUAGCACAUGCGUCCUGCUUCCUUGCUGAACACACAGUCCUGCAGAGAAUGGUCCACAAUGACAUUGGCCACUUUCUCCAAGUCCACAGCACCCGGAUCU